GUAAAAGGCGAAAAACUCACUCUCUAAAUAGACUAAUGACUAUAGGGUGUCUUGUUGCCCAAGUUCUGAAAAAGCAUUUCGAUUAACACCGGAGAGAUCAACUCACUGCAGACUCCAUCGAUUUCGAUCCCAGAAGAGAGAGAAAGAAGAGAGAGAACACUGAUAGUUGAAGGAGACGAAUAGGAGAGAGAGAAAUGGCGAGAUACGACAGAGCAAUUACAGUAUUUUCACCUGACGGCCAUCUCUUUCAAGUCGAGUACGCGCUUGAAGCCGUCCGUAAGGGUAACGCCGCCGUCGGAGUUCGAGGUACCGACACCGUCGUUCUCGGUGUCGAGAAGAAAUCCGCCGCCAAACUUCAAGAUUCUAGGUCGGUUAGGAAAAUUGUAAACCUCGACAAUCAUAUUGCUUUAGCAUGUGCUGGGCUCAAAGCAGAUGCUCGUGUUCUAAUAAACAAGGCACGUAUUGAGUGUCAAAGCCACAAGCUGACCUUGGAGGAUCCAGUAACAGUUGAGUAUAUAACUCGCUACAUUGCUGGACUUCAGCAGAAAUACACACAAAGUGGUGGUGUUAGACCAUUUGGGCUCUCAACUUUGAUUGUGGGAUUCGACCCAUACACUGAUGUACCAGCACUGUACCAGACAGAUCCAUCUGGCACAUUUUCAGCUUGGAAGGCUAAUGCAACUGGAAGAAACUCUAACUCCAUAAGAGAGUUUCUGGAGAAGAAUUACAAAGAAACUUCUGGGCAAGAAACUGUCAAGCUGGCUAUUCGUGCAUUACUUGAAGUUGUUGAAAGUGGAGGAAAGAACUUGGAAGUUGCUGUGAUGAGGAAAGAAGGUUUGCAUCAGCUUGAGGAAUCUGAGAUUGAUGCCAUUGUUGCAGAAAUUGAAGCAGAAAAGGCAGCUGCUGAGGCUGCAAAGAAGGGUCCUGCUAGUUCUUAACUUACAAGCUUCUGAAUUAGGCUGUUCCUUAGAGUCUUAUUCCAAUUUCUGCUUUUGUUAUAGCUCUUAACUUUGAAGUGUUAACAAGUCAGACUUUGAUUUCAUUUGCAUGCUGUUAGCUGGCUUAUUAUCACCGUGGUAUCAUCUGAAAAGCUAGUAAUCAGUGAGAAAUUUGUCGAAUCCUUUGGGUCUUUUGCUUCAUUAUCAGAUUCAUAAACUACCAUCUUGAGUCUAAUUGUGAUUAGAUUCUAAUACAUGGAUCAUGGAUGGUGUAAAAUCGAGUAUUGAUGAAAUCAUCUUGUCUAUUAUUGAAA